CAUCAGCAGCGCAGCGAGAAGCCGCGGGCUGCAGCUAUGUUCACUUUAGUCUAGUUUUAUUAUUUUGCUCAGUUAUUAUGGCCAAACAGUACGAUAUUCUGUUCCGGCUGCUGCUGCUGGGAGACUCCGGGGUGGGGAAGACGUGCAUGCUGAGGAGGUUCACGGACAGCGAGUUUGACCCUUCACAUAUUUCCACCAUCGGAGUGGAUUUCAAGAUGAAAACAGUGGAGAUAGACGGAGUGAAGGUUCGGGUGCAGAUCUGGGACACAGCUGGUCAGGAGCGCUAUCAGACCAUUACCAAACAGUACUACAGACGUGCACAGGGAAUCAUCUUUGUAUACGACAUCACAAGCGAGCCGUCCUUCCAGCACAUAGCGAAGUGGGCCAGCGACGUGGACGAGUAUGCCCCAGACAAGGUGCAGACAAUCUUGGUAGGAAACAAGUCUGAUGAGGAGAUCCGGAGGCAGGUCACAAAGGAACAAGGAAGCAAGCUAGCAAAAGCCUAUGGAAUGGAGUUUUUUGAAACCAGCGCCUCCACCAGCAACAACAUCAGCGAGUCUUUCAUACGGGUGACCGAACUGGUGCUGCAGGCUCACAAAAGAGACGUGGACACCCUGCUAGGCUCUCUGGACGACUACCUGGAGAGGGUGGCGUUAGAGGAAGACAAGCGUGCUGCCGAUUCUCAGAGGGCCUGCGUCUGUUAGAAACAGCUCAAUUCCACACUGCAGAGAUACUUUUGCUUGCAGGUCAAGAAGUUGUUGGUUUAGUCCCAUAAAUCUAUGGAAAUGCAGUUAGCAGCAGCAACCAGUAGGGGGCCAGUCUGUCCUGUUCACUGCAGACACCAGUGCAGUCUCACUUCCCUCAAACCUCUCAGCAGCACACACUCCUCAUUGCCUUCAAAAUGCAGAUUUGCACAAUUUGUGGCUGGAAAUAAUGUACUGUAUCCCCAGCACUUUUUAGAAUUCAGUUAAGUAUGCAAAGCAGGCACAUCCAGUGAUCUUUUCCCGAAUCAAAGAUGCAAACUACUAAGUAUCCAGAGGAAAAGCUGAAUUAUUUACAUGCAGAAACUGUAACCAGGCAGGGGCAGAUUAAUUUACACAAUGCACUUAAUUGAUCAAGGAAGACAGUGUUGUGCCAUGUUCAGUGAUCCCUAUGAAUUCAGCAUGUUCUUAGUUCUUGUCCUGAAUGUAUGAAUGUUGCUGGUCAUUCUUAUUGUUGAUGCUGAAAAUGUUACAUUCAGGUUCUGCUGACGUGCCACAUCAAAUGCAAUUGCAAGUUGUUGCAAACAAUUAUGAAGUAAUCUAAAGAAUGCAUGAAUAAAUUAAAGGUUUUAUAUUGAAAACAAAUGAAUUGGAUGUCUGAAG